AUGCCAGCAAAAGCAGGUGGUAAAAAAGCGCCAAAAUCCGAUGACGAACCGAAGAAAAAAGACUCAACGAAAGGUUCGAAGAAAAAUACUGAAGAUGUAGGCGAAGCUGGGUCAGCCACAACUGGACAUACAUCGUCAUCGAAAACACCAGCAGGCAAUCUAGCGCGUGGCGCAUCACAAAUAGGAACACCAACGGAUGAAUUGAGUAGUAAAGAGCCAGGUACGUCAACAAUAGAGCCUGGACAGCAAACAGAAGGAAAUCGAGAAGGAGGCGAAGCAGGUGACAAUGCUGCAAGUGCUCCUGUUCCAGAAGCAGAUAUUAAAUAUGAGGAACCGAUUUUACCAAAUUUAAUUGUACUAAAUUAUGAAGGUGGAAAAGAAAAAGGUCUGUACGAAGGACAUGGAACGGCAACGUAUGUUGGUGGUCAUACUUAUACAGGCGAUUGGAGUGGAAAUAUGAUGCACGGCCAAGGUCGAUACGAAUGGGCAGAUGGAGUUGUCUAUACCGGUUCGAUUGUGAACAAUCAAAUCGAGGGUCUUGGUACAUAUCAAUGGCCAGAUGGAAGUGAAUAUCAUGGUGAUGUCCUGCGUGGUCGUCGUCAUGGUACAGGAAUAUUUCGACACGGGCAGAGUCCACUCACUUACGAAGGUAGAUGGUAUAUGGGCAAUAUGCAUGGAAAGGGCACAUUACAAUUCGAUCGUUCAGGAGCAAGUUAUUAUACAGGAGAUUUCAUCAUGAACAUACCGUCCGGAAAAGGUCGUCGACAGUAUGCUUCAGGAAACUUUUACGAAGGUAUGUGGGUGAAUGGAAAACGGCAUGGCUAUGGUGUGUUCUCUUGGAAUAAUGGAAGUGGAGAAUACAUCGGACAGUGGGAGAAUGGCAUUCAGCAAGGACAUGGUAUUCAUAUUUGGUAUCUCAUUCGCGAUGAAGAAUCGCAUUAUGCACUACGAAACUAUUAUGAAGGAAAUUUUGUUAAUGGUCGAAGAAAUGGUUUUGGCACGUUCUAUUAUUCAAGUGGAACGAAAUACAUAGGAGAAUGGAAAGAGGAUCAAAAGCAUGGAAAAGGAAAAGUUAUUUUAAGAAAUGGAACAACGAUCGAGGCAGAUUUCUCAUAUGAUCGUAUUAUGACAUCUUUGACAGAUGAUAUGACGUCAAUGUUGCUUAUUGAGUUACCUGAAAUAGCAUCGAAAACUCCAAUACCAUCUGCAUCAAAUACUCUCGAUCCUAUGAACAUAAAACGAAGUGAAAGUCGAAACACCAUUGGUCCUAGCUUUAAAUUACAAUUCGAUCCAGUUUUCGAUCACGUCACAGCUAUGGAAGACGAGAAAAAGAUAAUUACCGAACAAGUAUUUCAUGUUCUCUUUCGUCAUCUUCCCAAACUCAAUCAACUCUACCGACUCUACGCACGUCUGGGCGUCGAUAUCCAAACAAAUGUUGAUAAUACAUUUCUUAUGACACGUAUGCAAUUCUGGCGUUUCAUUCUCGAUUGUAAUUUACAUAGCUAUGGUGUUACAUUGAUUGAAUAUGACCGAAUGAUUGCGGAGUGUUUACCAACAGAAAAUAUUCACGGACCAGACGAAGGAAUAUUAGUACGAGAAUUUCUCAAUGCUAUUGCAAUUAUUUGUUUUCAUUUGCACCGAUUAAAAAAGAUAGAAAACGAAACGCCAAUAGACAAACUGCCGACCAGUCUACAGGUUGCUACAGCAAUGGAAGCAGUUAUUGAAAAGAACAUUUUAGAACAUGCAGGCAUCGUUCGAGGGAAUCUCUUUACUGAAGCACAAAAAUACCUUCAAGCAUCUCAAUAUAAAGACCCAUGUUACCAGAUUUAUUUAUUGUUCUGUACAAAAAACAAGAACAAGCCAUUUGAUAUGACUAUGCAAAAACGUGAUUUUCUACUAAUGCUAAAACAUUUUCAGUUGAUUGAUCGAACACAUCUAACCGCAUCCCGUGUCAUUUCGAUAUUAGCGGAAGAUGAUCCAAAUAUUCGACCAUCCGGCCUACAAAAUACCACAGACGUUCGUUUAGACAUCGAAAUGUGCUUUCUCGAAUUUUACGAAGCCUUGAUCGCCUGUGCUCUGAUUUAUCCGAGUAAUAAACUCUAUAACGCUUACACACGACCUUCGAAGACAGCUGGCUCGGAACAUAGUCUAGGCUCUCAACCAUCAAUCGGUUCGCCAAUCGUUCCUGAUCAGUACCAAGACAGUCGAGUAUCGGAACUUCCGACGAUUGUCGUUCGUGAAGUAUCUGAUUUCAUACCCGAGUCGCCUGAUGAUCCUGAUAAACCGCGAUCUUCAUCGAGUCAUGAACAUGACGGACAAGCAAGUAGCAUCGAGCCGUCCGUUCUUUCAUUAUCAACUUAUGCAGCAAAGAUUCACGGUUUCUUUCAAGGCGUUUUUCUUCCAGCGGCAGUCUCAUACAAAAAUAUUCGUGAAUUGAUUCGUAUUGAUCAAGAAAAGACAUGGCAAGGAUUAAAACCAACCAGCGAACCUUCAUGGUUGCAGAAAUAUGUGACACUUCUUGAAUGA